AUGUCAUCCGGCGGCCACAAACAAUCCCUGAGCGGCGGCAACGGCUCAUCCACCCCGACCGGCCGACCCGCCCCGUCCCCCCUUCAACGCUCAGCAACCUCAAUAUCCGCAUCAUCAUUCUCGACCAACUCCAGUUCCUCAAACAACAUCUCCCUUUCUUCUCUGCACAAUGCUCCGCCCAUGUUCCAGUCAAUAUCAAAAAAGAUCCCAGAUCGCCGGGGUAUGGACGCCAACGGCGGGCCGUCGUCGCCUUCAAAGUCCCCCUCCUUUGGCCGGACAGAGAUUCUCGCCGUGCCUACAAUGUCAUUCAAAUCCCAGCGCGGACAGCCGGUGAACUCACCCCCGACCAAUGUUGGAUUUUCACAAACUAGCAACAGCGCAGACGACUUCUCUGCGCGGCUGAAACAGUCGCGUACAAUGCCGGUGUUGUCGGGCUCGCAAGGCUCCGUUCCUCAGAUCUCAAACAUGGGCGGUCUUAAGCCCACCAACGACGACGAUGACGACUCUGAUUUCUCAUCAGACGAGGGCGAGACUGUUUCCGCUACUCGCAACGGGGACAGUAGCGCGGAGAAACCCACUACGCAGUCAUAUUUCAGCUUCCUGUCCUCCGCCAAAACAGCGCAAGAAGUGUCUGGCAUCGAAGAAACACUCGAGUUCUUCUCUUGGACCGAUCGAGAAUCAUCCCGAGGACUGGAGAAGCAAAUCAUCAAAGAGCUGCAGCAGGUCGAGCUUGGGGCGGUGCAUACCAUGAUCGAGCCUGAUCUACGGCGGGGGAGUAGAUUGCUGGAGGCGCUCGAUAGGGGGAUCAACGAGUGUUUGGAUCUAGAGAAGAAGCUUGGAGUUUACAAGACGCAACUAAAGAGUCUAGAAGAUGACUUGAGCGCUAUCGAUCUCGGUGUCAAGAGCACUAAGAACACCAAGGCUUCACCGACCAGACCGUACAAAGUCUCAAGCUUGAUUGAUCCUUGA